UAAAUUGUCUGAUACAAUGGAAUCCAUCAAGGCCUUUAUGAUAGCUGCAGACGCUAUACUGGAGUUUGAGGAGUCUUUUGCUCCAACUGCAAACAACCAAAGUGCCUACUCUCUUGAAGUACAACAAGCCGAACUGAAAUCUCUGUGGGCAGAGGUAAAGUCGGAAUACAAGUUGUGUUUGCCAAAGGUGGAUGCUUCCGAUACAAAAACAGUUGAGGACAUAAAACUUAAAUAUACCAACAGUUACCACGCAUAUGUGUGUUGUGCGGCCUUGAUGGGCGAACACAUGCACAACCUCACGGGGUUCAACCAAAGCCCAAGUUCAAAUUCUACAAUAAUUCAACCUGAACGGUUGCAACAAACGGCAGAACCCGUGAGGUAUUCCCUCAACUUACCGCCAUGUGAUACAGAAAUAUUUCAUGGCGAUGUGUUGCAAUGGCCCUCAUUUAGGGAUCUAUUUGCCGCAAUUUAUGGGAACAACUCGAGGUUAUCCCCAGUCGAAAAGUUAUUCCACCUGAAUCAAAAAACCCGAGGUGAGGCGAAAGCUAUCGUUUCGAAAGCGCCUCUGACGAAUGAUGGAUUCGCAUUGGCUUGGAAUAAUUUGUUGUGUAGAUAUGAAAACAAGCGAGUUCUUGUCAAUACACAAUUAAAUUUAUUAUUCAAGCUUCCGCACAUUUCAACUGAAUCUGAGGCCGAACUCAGAAAUUUACAGCGGGAGAUAAAUAGCUGCAUUUCAGCUUUACAAAUACAUGGCAUCAAUAUAGAUAGCUGGGAUGCCUUAUUUACGUAUUUGUGUUCUAUCCGAUUGCCUGACUAUACACUGUCGCUUUGGGAACAAUCUCUGGAUUCGGAUUCAGAGAUUCCAAAAUGGGUUGAGUUAGACAAAUUUCUAACCAAACGGGUUAAAACGCUAGAGAGGGUAUCAAACCUCAAAGGCGAGUCGAUUACUCAACCCAAGGUUCAGUCGGCUGAUGGUGAAGGUCGGACACCAACCUUGCAAUCAAGGACAGGGUCCAAACCCAUAAAUUCCCAUCACGUCAAGACAAACAGUCUUAAAUGUAAACUUUGCUCAUCUCAAGCGCACAUUUUAAAAUCUUGUCAAAGAUUUAUAGAGAUGCAGCCUAACGCAAGGUUAAAUGCGGUCAGAAAACUUCACGUCUGCUUAAACUGUUUAUCGGACACACAUGAAGUCAAAGAUUGUAAAAGCAUGUUUAAUUGUGCUAAAUGCAAACAGAGACAUCACACUAUGAUUCACCGGGAUCAGAGUGAGGAAAUAGCUCAGUCACCCGCCAGCACAGACCCUACUGAGAUUUCCACUAAAUCUCAUAUGGCCUCCAUUAAGGCCAAAGUAUCAAAUGUGCCGACCAGUCAAAGCAUGCUCUUAGGUACAGCUAUGGUGACUAUAUGUCACAACGAAAACACCUUCACUGUCAGAGCCCUGAUCGAUUCGGGAUCUGAAGGAACAUUCAUUACCAACAGUUUGCAAAAACGCUUAAAUCUGACAAGCAGGAAGGUCAGCGCACGAGUUUCGGGAUUGAAUAAUACCGUGUCGGGACGAGUUCAAACGGUAUGCUCAAUCACCAUUGGCUCGCCCCGUAACAAAGGUUUAAAAUUAGAAGCGGAAGCGUUGGUACUACCAAAACUGACUGGACUGCUUCCUUCCAUAUCAAUCAACCCUUCAAUUGUUAAAAGGUUACCCAAUAUCCCCUUAGCGGAUAAUAAUUUCCAUACGAGUCAAAAGGUUGACUUGUUGAUCGGAGGGGAUAUCUACCCGAAAAUCAUAUUAAACGGGGUAAAAUCAAAGAUCUUCGGUUCCCUCAUUGCCCAACGUACAGUGUUCGGCUGGAUUUUAACAGGUUCUGUUCCCUCCGAAGAAACAAAGAAUAAACCGACUUACGUCACAUAUUUCAACGAGGUAUCUUUAGAUAAUCAGCUUUCCAAAUUCCAGGAACUAGAAGAAAUACCUAAAAAACCAUUUUUCACUGUAGAAGAACAAUAUUGUGACAGGUUAUAUUCAAAAACAACCAUUAGAAACAGCGAAGCGCGUUACAUUGUUUCACUCCCAUUCAAAGUUAUUCCAGCAGAAACUACUUUUGGAGCAUCUCGUCAUAUUGCACUGAAACAGAAACGAAAGAAAUGGAAACAUUCCCAACAGAACGUCCAAGUAAACGACCUAGUGGUAGUUCGUGAUAAAAAUUUACCUCCAAAUGAAUGGAGAUUAGGCAGGAUCACCAAAAUAUAUCCAGGGAUGGACCAACGAGUUCAAGUUGUGGACAUCAAAACACAACGCGGCUUAAUUUAAAUUAUUGAAAAUGACGACCAUCAAUUGCCCUUUUUGCAUAGAAAGUCACCUUCUUCGCUGGUGCCCAAAAUUUCGCCAGAUGUCCCCAGAAAUUAGGCUGAGGACAACCUUAAUAUACCGCUACUGCAGCAACUGCCUUGCCUCGAACCACUCAAAGGAUGAGUGCGACAGUGUAAUACGCUGUAAACAUUGCGGCAGCCCUCACCAUACAAUGCUCCAUGGUAUUAGUUCAGAUGCUGAAGAACUAGACGAGGAUGUCGUAGACUUAACAUGGGCACAACAAGUCGAGCUAGAGGCAGCGGAAAUGGAAGAGGAAACCAUCGCUACGGCGGAUUCGAUACCUUCACAACCAUGUCAACCGACGUCAUCAGUCAUGCAACCAAGGGAAAGCUCUGACCAACGGUGCCUCUCCCGCAUACCACACGCCCAGGAUUGAGCCAGACUCGAUUCGUCUCGCCGACUUCGGCGUGCUGGUAACUUCUAUUCGGAUUGGCGGCAUGGUAACGAUCGACUGAGACUCGAUUCGUCUCAGCGACAUUACCCGGACCCCCGUAACUGCACAAAUACAACGUCAUCAACUACCACCGACGCCAGUAAGGUCUCUGGAAGACCACACACUUCAACACUUCCAGAACCUAAGACUCGCAGACUACGACUUCUACAAGUCAGCGCCAGUCGAGGUAAUUUUAGGAGGGGACAUCUACUCCCGGCUCAUACUGCCAGGGUUACAACCAGCGACAGUGGGACAACUCGUCGCCCAAAAUACGACGCUGGGAUAUGUAAUAUCCGGCGUCGUAUAAUAUCGGCCCAAUAAAAUGCACUGGCUACCUACGCCUCUGACAUUUACCAUUUACCCAGGAUCGAGUUAGACUCGAGUCGUCUCACCGACCUCGGAAUGUGGUAAUUUCUAUGCAGUUUGGUGGCAUGGCAAUGAUCGUCUAAGACUCCAUUUGUCUCAGCGGCAUUUCCCGGACCGAACCAGACUCGAUUCGUCUCGUCGGCCACCCCAUCUGCAAGAAAUGCAUCGCUUGCCAGAGGAAGUACAGGAGCCAGUCGCAUGUUAGUUUUAAGUAAUAAUUAAUUAAUUGUAAACUGCAUUUGCAGUAAUACUGCAAGGCGAGCGGAAUGUUGACGCCGCCCCCGCCUAAUUUCACUGCCACGUCUGUGUCGGAAGAGAGAUCACUACUUCGAAGCUUUUUCGAAGUCUAAUUCGAACGCAACUAAAUAUUUGAAGUUGCGCUCUUGCUUUGCUUCUUCUUACUUCUCGCUUCCUUUGCGACAUCUCAACCGAUCCAGACGUGGUAAGUGUAAUUCCAAUUAAUUUAAUAAAAUUAUAAUUAUUAUAAGAAUA